AUGGCGAUGUACAGAGAAGGAAUACCCAAAGAAACGGAAGACGCUGACGGUGUACCCAUAAGCAAUAACACAGACGGAUUGCCGGACUCAGAGAUGAUGCGAUACUCGGAGGAUAGCGGGUACCAAACCGAGCCGAGCCUGUCUCUAUCAUCGUUAAAAAGCGACAGUAGCAGCUCAAGCGAUGUCACGAGCACAAUGAGCGAGAACACCAUCACAGGCAGUUCGAAUAGCGUAACAUACAGCCACGACCAAUUCGAAGAUAUGAAUUGGAAUAUGAACACGAGAUUUGAUGACACUAGUCCGCUAUUGCCGACCGAACAUAACCGGGCAACGGAUAAUAGUUCCAGCGUACACUCGGAUAAUACUCUGGAGGAAGACAUAAAAUGGGACUGCGCUACUGAAUAUGACACAGAGGAGAUCGGCAACACAAAGGGCACCGGUAGACUACGAACUAUUCAGCUCGCAAAACUCUUCAUAAUCAUCGUCACGUUCGCGUUAGUGUUCAGCUGUGCGAUCCUCAGCAAAGGAUGCAUCCUAUUACUGACGGCGCAAAUCGGAAAGAGCUUCAAAUCAUUUCCCGUGUGUGAGUCGAAGCGAAUAAUCGGCAAAGGGUUGGAACUACCCGAUACGUAUGCGGCCCGCUGGAUCUGGUGCCUAUACUUUACCGUGUGCUUCCCCUAUACGAUAGACUUCAUAGAGUGCAUGAGGAAAAUUAUCUUUCGCACAAGGAUCGCCUGGCCGUCGCUUAACGCUUUCUUAAUU